CACACCACCGGGGUGUGCUCUUGCAGCACAACACACAGCGAGGAGGAGCAUUCCCCUCGUGGGCCAUGGCUCGCUCCCUACUUGACGAAUAUUCACGGUGUAAAUGUCUUUCUGUGGGGGUGGUUUUAGGGGUGUCUGCGGUGUUCGUCGCGCUUCAAGGAGCGUCAGGCCUACAGCCGUGUUUGAAUUUGAGCUCUCGCAAGCAUCGAACACUGCGGGCAUCGCGUACUGCCAUUCCUGUUGCUGCAGACGGAAAUGGAGCUCUACCGAAGGACGACAAUGCGUUCCGAUUAGUUCAGUAUCGCGACGCUGUAGAGCUUCAGACGGCGGCGUACAAGCUCCGCCCACGAACUUCGGAAGAUGGUGUUGACAUCGUUCUGGUGUCGAUGGUGCAUCUCGCGGACCAGGCCUACUACACUGAGAUUAUGAGAGACGCAUCUUCGUACGAUCGCGUGCUGUUCGAGCUGAUUGCUGGGCCGGGUGUAUCCGAACUGGAUGCUGACGGCAAUAGAGCUGUAACGGAGUACGUCUACCCGACGAGGGAACAGGACGAUCUGGCAAGGAACUACGGCUUAUCGGCGCAGUUGAACUGUCUCAACUACUGCCACCUUUGCAAGGAGCGCACGGACGAUGGAACAAGCAGCAGCAGCAGCAGCAGCAGCAGCAGCAGCAGAAGCAGUAGCAGAAGGAACAGCAACGGCGGCCCCCGUUGGGUCCUCGCAGACCUGACGAGGGACGAGAUCCGAUCCUUGCAGCAACAGGCAGGGGAGAAGGAGAUUGGCCAGGGGGGGUGGCAAGGCUUCAUAGACGAGGUUACGAGGGCGUUGGUGGUCGGAAGGCAGGCCGGAGACAAGAUCCUCCCCAAAUUCUAUCCACCCUUGGGCAGCACGCUCAACAGGCCGGCGCUCGUGCUGCGAGCGCUGUUGUGGCUGACGCCCUGCCCUGAGGCGGAGAUCAUGUGCUACGACUGGGCUCGUUCUUAUCCAAGGGCCGGCGGUCUAUCUGUGCUUGCAUCUGCGAUCGCGGAGAGCGUGCUCUCGGGAGACUUUUUCACGGCCAAGAAGCUCGGUUUCGCUCAGCAGAUCGUGUCCGGUCAAGCUGGCGGGGGUAACUGGGGCCAAUCGAACGCGAUCGUGGUGAAAGCAAGGAAUCAGGUGGUCGUGGAGGAGACGGAGCGUGCCCUUGUAGAGGGGUGCCGUAAAAUCAUGGUCCUGUAUGGCGGGUUGCAUAUGCAGGAUUUGACCUUUCAGCUGUGCAAGCAGUUGGACGCUACCCAGGAUAUCGCUGGCUGGAGGACCGCGUGGGUAGUGCCAACAAAAGCGAGGCAGAAAGCAAACGCCGCAACUUCACCAGUACCGCCACGCAUGGCUUCAGCGGAUGCAGCAGCAGGAAGGCUGGAACAAGCGCAAGGCCAAGUCGGGAUGCUCGGCGACGAGACGAACGCCGACGGCAUGGCUCGUUGGGGUCCGUUGGGUGUAGCGGCGCUGGCCUACGUUGCCGUAGGAGCGUGGGAUUGGACCGACACCGUGGAGGCUCUGGCGAGGGAGCUGGAGACCGACGGAUCUCCCUUGGAAGCUUUCGGGUCGGCUUUGCUGGUAUUCACGCUGUACGUGGCUCGCCACGCCUACCUGUACUAUGGACUAGCUCGGUGGCUCGUGCAGUGGGAGAAAAAACUGUUCUGACGGAAACGGUUUGCUUUUUGGUGUUGCGGGUCGUGAAGCAGGAGAUGUUAAUUCUUCUAAAACGUUUUCCUCGCACGGGGUGUGAAAUGUACAUAAGCACGUGUGCAGGCACGGCGGUUCUACGCUACUUGCUGGAUGGUCUGGGAUUGUUGAUAGGGACAAGCUUGUGGAGGCCAGUGUACUGCUUGCGUGCCGGCUGAUGACGUGACGUUUUGUGGGUCAUCGCAAGGUUCAUGUUUUGAUCGGGGGUGUUGAUAGCUUUGUGGUGGGGGGCGGCGGCAAGAUAGACACGAUGAUGCGAGAAUGUAUGUAAGUAUCAGCCGGACCGAAGGUAACGUCCUCACCACAAAGGCAGAGCACUUUCUAUCAAGAAGUGAAUUGGCAUGCACCUCUUCCGUGUGUUCUAUUGGAGCGCCGCCGACAAUAAUCAAUGCGUUACU